CCCGCCGGGCUGCCGCCUUCCCUGUCCGGCGCCGCUGUCCGCCUCUGACGCCGCGGCGGUUGGGCUGUUCUCGAGCUGCUCGGAGUUCGCGGUGUGACCCUUGUUUCUGGCUUCCUUCGUUUGGUGUGUGGUUGCGGAUUGCCGCCGUCGUCACUUGGCAGGAACCAGUCCGGUUACGGGUCACCUGUUGUUCCAUUACAUAACACGCUGUCACUUUGUCCCUUCUCUGCGGCCCCGUGACUUGUUUCCAGUCGGGGCUGUCGCACACACGUGCUGCUGUGAGCGCUGCGUGUCCGGGUCCCGACAGACGCGGCCGGUCGGUUCCCCAGUGAGCCAGCAGCUUCUCCUCCCGCCGGGAGCGCCGCCUUCGCUCUGCCCGAGGACUGUUGUAGCCUUUCUGGUGUGCGCAGUGGUACUUUGAGUUUUAACCUGCAGUUCUGUGCUAAUAGAGACCUUACGUUUCUUAUCCGUUCGUUCUCUUCUGUGAGGCUGUCAUUUAAGUCUUUCCGACUUUCCUACUGGGUUGAGUAUCUUAUUUUGAGUUCAUAGACUUUCCUGUUGGUAGCAGUGUUAAGCCUGCGCAGAAUCGAGCAGAUAGUGCCUAGUUCCUGCAUGUCCUGCACGUGCCUUAUUCUCCCCCUCGAGCUGUCGCCUGCUAUUAGCAUCUGGUGUCAGUGUGAUACACGUGUAACAACUCGUGAACCAGUUCUGACACAUCCCUAGCUACUAAAGUCAGUACUUUACACGAGGGUUCAUGGUCGCCACAGUUCUGCUUGCUCAAAUGUCACACGGUUGGAUCAUACGGUGUGCGGCCUUUGCAGAACUGCCUUCUCUCGCUAAGCAGUGUGCUCUUAAGGAUUCCUCACAUCUCUUCAUGGCUUGCUAUGGUUCUUUUACUGCCGAAUAAUGCUCCAUUGUCUGGAUGCUCCAGUGGUUGUUUGUUUACGUUUUGAAGGCUGUCUUGGUUGCUUCCAGUUUUGGGCAGUUAUAACCUGUUGUACACAUUUGUGUGCAGGUUUUUGGCUCCUUUGGGUCAAUGUAGAGGACCACUGUGCUGGAUGGUCCAGUGAGACUGUGUUUGGCUUUGCAGGAAGUCACCAGACUCCUCCAAAGUGGUGGGGCCACUUUGUAUUCUGCAUUUUGCAUUCAUUUUGCGUUUUGCGAAUGCAUUGCAUUUGCACCAGUAACGAAUGAGAGUUGCUGUUGCUCCGCAUCCGCUUCGGCUUUUGGUAUUAUUUUUAUUGUUUUUUAAUUUUAGUCUUUCUAACAGGGUUGCAGUGGUAUCUCAUUGUGUAAAUUGCAGUUCCCUUAUGAGACAGAAUGCAGAGCCUCUGUUCGCAUGCUGCCUUGCCAUCUGUAUAUCUUUGGUGAAGAGCUCCGUCCCAGGAGUUCUUUAGAUAUACUGUGUAUGAGUUCUUUGUACUUUCCUGUUCACUCUUUUAAGGGUAUCCUUUCAUGAAAGAAGUUCCUAAUCUUAUUAUUGUCUAAUUUAUCAGUCCUUUCAUGUUGCACUUUUGGGACCUGUGUAAGGAAUGUUUGACAAUUGUAAGAUUAUGAAGACCUUUUCCUGUAUUUUCACCUAGAAGCUUUAUUGUUUUACUUCUCACCUUGAGAGUGGUAAUUCAUCCUCUGCUGUCGAAGGGCAUUUGCAAGGCUGUUGUAAAUGACGCUUCUGUGAGCAUUUUUAAACAUGUGCUUUUGGUCCCUCUGUGUGCACAUUUCAGUGGGAUGCACCUAGGAGCGGAAUUGCUGGGUUGGCAGGGUCUGUGUGUGGUCAGCUUUGGUCAGUGCUGCCAAAUGGUUUUUGAGCGCCUGUCAUGAUGUUCACUCUCUCUAGUGGGAUGUGAGGUUUCCGGUUGCUCCACAUCCUCCUCUGUCCUUUUUUUUUUCCUGUCUUUUUAAUUUUAGCCCUCCUAGUAGAUGCGCAGUUUACUUUUCUAAAAGAGUAUUUUUUGUUUCCUCUUUAUCAUACCUUGGAUUUCUCACAACAGCCUCGUAGGUAAGCAGGAUGGAGAUCAGCCUCCCCUUUGGCUGAAGAACCAAGCUGAGCAGCAGAUACCUGCUUCGCAGAGACCUUACUGAGCACUUAGCAGGACUGACAUUCCAAACCUCAUGACUCCCAGCCCUGCUUCCAUCACCGUCUCCCUAAUCUGUGACUGGUCACCCAUGUUUUAAUCUACAGAUACCCAUUUUUUAAGAUAUGUACAUUAAAAAUAGUAUGUACCAUGCGUGCAUACUUCAUUGGAAAUUGGGACAGAAUCUGGACUGGGCUCUCCACAAUUUUCUGUGGUAUCCUUUAGCUCUACUUGAUUGUUGCAGUGCUAACAUAUGUAGUAUGUUUGAGGAGCUGAGAAACAUCAUAGUGGCAGCAAAUACAUCCACAAGAAAUUACUCUAUUUAUACAGAAAAUCAGUUUUUUGCAUUGUCUAAGGGAAGCAUUAUUCUCAGCAGUACACUCCCAGGCCCUGUUACUUUUAGACCUUGGUCCUUGAAUUGUUUUAGCCAGAUGGGGAGGCUAUAGGCACUGGAGGUAUUAUUUUGUUGUAAUCUGAACGCACCAUUGUUUUGUUAAGUUGGGAUAAUGCGUGUGGUGUUUAAGUGUACACCCACCAGAGUCUAAAGUCUUUAGAAAUAAAAAUGUACACGUACUAAAAGCAAAUAUUUGAAAGAGGAUUGAUACUCCUUUUAAAAUAGAGACAGUUUCAUAAUAGGAGGCUUGAAAAGGAAAGUCCGCACAGAUACAAGAGCUGACAAAGCGGGCAUAUUGAAGGCACAUCUGGGUAAAGGGGAACUUUGCUGUGGGAAUGUGAGCGACCUGAGCCUGGCAGGGACUGUUUAGUGAGUCUCUGACCCGGUAUUUCUCUUUAACUCUGUGUCAGGUAAUAUUUCAUAUCAUUUAUCAUGAAGCCAGUAUCAGGGUUUCAGACUCUAAUUGUCUCACUGACACCACUUAUGGUUUAGACAAGCAGGGUACUUUGACCUGACUCCCAGUUGUGACUGUAUUUUAUGCUGAAAGACUAAACAGAGUUAGUCUUACAAUUGACAUAAAAUACUGUUGGUAAAACCCACGUUCACUUGCUGUUUUUACAGUAGGCACAAGGUUGAGAUUGGGGUCUCAUCUCAGGAAUCAUGACCUUGAGAGGCAUGGGAGCCUGAUUAAUUAGGAGAGAGUCUUAAACUGUGAGUUCAAGAUUACUUCUAGUUCUGCCCCGGCUAAUUGUGUGAUUUUGACCAAGUGACUAAGUUUUUUUGGGGUCUUAGUUUCCUUAGCUCUUCAACAGGGGACGGAGUGUAGAACUCAGCUUUUCCCCCGUAGUAAGUUUUCUUCCUUCUCAACCUAACCUCUUUGGAAUAGGUAAUACAUUAUAAUGCUUUGAAUUUAAAAAACAUGGAACAUGUGCCAGGCUUUGUGCCAGGCUUUGGAGAUACAGUGACGGAGUAGAAAGAUGUCAGGGGUGCAAGCACUGCAGAGUUUGAUCUGAAAAAGUCCAGCUGUGCUCAGACCUGAAAGACCAGUAUGGGACGAACAGGAGAAAACAGGAGAAGAAACUAGAAAAGAGUAGAAAUAACACACGCGUGCACACACACACACACACACACACACACGAAAGUAAGGAGGAGAAGGUGUGGUAGCUGAAGUGGGGUCCUACUGGAAGUAGGGGUGACAGUUGUCAGACUUCUUGAAGGCCUGUUUGGUGACCUCAGAAAGCAUCCUGAUGUCAGAAUGAAAAGCUGAGAAAAUGCCUCCAUGGUUAGCUGGGCUCUUGGGGACAAGAUCUUGGAAGACGCCUGGAUGGCUCAGUGGGUUAAGGUCUGCCUUCCGCUCAGAUGGAGUUUUAACACUGAACACGGAGAACACUAAUUAUGCCUAUCAAGUUCCAAACUUCCGUAAGUGUGAGAUCUGUCUGCUAUCUUUUCCAAAAGAGUCCCAGUUUCAACGCCACAUGAGGGAUCACGAGCGAAAUGACAAGCCACAUCGAUGUGACCAGUGCCCCCAAACAUUUAAUGUUGAAUUCAACCUGACACUUCACAAAUGCACCCACAAUGGGGAAGAGCCUACCUGUCCUGUGUGUAACAAGAAAUUCUCCAGAGUGGCUAGUCUCAAAGCGCAUAUUAUGCUCCAUGAAAAGGAAGAGAAUCUCAUCUGCUCCGAGUGCGGGGAUGAGUUCGCCCUGCAGAGCCAGCUGGCCACACACAUGGAGGAGCACCGGCAGGAGCUGGCCGGCGGCCGGCCGCACGCCUGCAAGGCCUGCGGGAAGGACUUCGAGACGCCCUCCCAGCUGAAGGAGCACGCGAAGACGCACUACAAGAUCAGGGUAUCGAGUACAAGGUCUUACAAUCGGAACAUCGACAGGAGUGGAUUCACAUAUUCAUGCCCGCACUGUGGAAAGACGUUUCAAAAGCCCAGUCAGUUAACUCGGCAUAUCAGGAUACACACAGGUGAAAGGCCGUUUAAAUGUAGUGAAUGUGGGAAGGCUUUUAACCAGAAGGGGGCCCUGCAGACGCACAUGAUCAAGCAUACAGGGGAAAAACCCCACGCCUGUGCCUUCUGUCCUGCUGCCUUUUCUCAAAAAGGGAAUCUCCAGUCCCACGUGCAGAGAGUCCACUCCGAGGUCAAGAAUGGCCCCACGUAUAACUGUACCGAGUGCAGUUGUGUGUUUAAAAGCCUCGGGAGCUUGAACACCCACAUCAGCAAGAUGCACGUGGGCGGGACGCAGAACCCCGCGGGCCCCGCAGAGACGGCUCACGUGCUAACGGCCACGCUGUUUCAGACGUUACCUCUCCAGCAGACGGAAGUCCACGUGACGUCUGCAUCGAGCCAGCAGAACUCCCAGGCCGUGACCGACGUCAUCCAGCAGCUGCUGGAGCUCUCAGAGCCGGGGCCGGCAGAGUCCAGCCAGCCCCCGCAGCCCGGCCAGCAGCUCAGCAUCACCGUGGGCAUCAACCAGGACAUCCUGCAGCAAGCCUUAGAAAACAGUGGGCUGUCUUCAAUUCCAGCUGCCGCGCACGCGCACGACAGCAGCCACGCCAGGACGCCGUCCACGCAGGCGCCAAGUCUGGACGCUUCUCACCCUUCGAGUGAGCAGACCCACCCCACAGAUGCAGAGCAGGAAAAAGAGCAAGAAAGCCCAGAGAAGUUGGAUAAAAAAGAAAAAAAAAUCAUAAAGAAGAAAUCACCGUUCCUACCUGGUUCCAUCCGCGAGGAGAAUGGCGUGCGGUGGCACGUGUGUCCCUACUGCACCAAGGAGUUCCGGAAGCCGAGCGACCUGGUGCGCCACAUCCGCAUUCACACCCAUGAGAAGCCCUUCAAGUGUCCCCAGUGCUUCCGGGCCUUCGCCGUGAAGAGCACCCUCACCGCUCACAUCAAAACGCACACGGGCGUCAAGGCGUUCAAGUGCCAGUACUGCUUGAAGAGCUUCUCCACGUCGGGGAGCCUCAAAGUGCACAUUCGUCUGCACACAGGGGUCAGACCUUUUGCUUGUCCUCACUGUGACAAAAAGUUUCGAACCUCAGGCCAUAGGAAGACUCACAUCGCUUCUCACUUCAAACACACGGAGUUAAGAAAGAUGAGACACCAGCGCAAACCUGCAAAGGUUCGAGUCGGCAAGGCCAGCGUUCCAGUCCCCGACAUUCCUUUGCAAGAGCCGAUUCUCAUAACUGACGUAGGUCUUAUCCAGCCCAUUCCAAGAAACCAGUUUUUUCAAAGUUAUUUUAAUAAUAAUUUUGUAAACGAAGCAGAUAGACCGUACAAGUGUUUUUACUGUCAUCGUGCAUAUAAAAAAUCUUGCCACCUUAAACAACACAUCAGAUCACAUACAGGUGAAAAGCCUUUUAAAUGUUCUCAGUGUGGAAGAGGCUUUGUUUCUGCAGGAGUGCUCAAAGCACACGUCCGAACGCACACUGGACUAAAAUCUUUCAAGUGUCUGAUAUGUAACGGAGCUUUCACUACUGGUGGGAGCUUACGGCGACAUAUGGGUAUCCAUAAUGACCUUCGUCCCUAUAUGUGUCCCUAUUGCCAGAAAACAUUUAAGACCUCACUAAAUUGCAAAAAGCACAUGAAAACCCAUCGAUACGAGCUCGCCCAGCAGCUCCAGCAGCACCAGCAAGCCGCCUCGCUGGACGACGGCGCCGGGGACCAGCCGAGCGUGCACGUGUCGACGCACAUGCAGGUGGGGAUGGAGAGCGAGCAGCUGCGGGAGGCGGCCGGCCCCGCCCACCCCGAGGCCAUGCUGGACCUGGAGCCGCAGCCGGUGGUGCGCACGGAGGACGCGGGCCUGGGUCAGCCGCUGACGCACCAGCCCCUGGAAGCUGAUGAAGACAGGUUUGUGGCUCCGCCGCCCGCCCUCCCGGCACACAUGGACCAGUUUGAAGAGCCAGCCCCUCCGCAGCAGUCCUUUGAGCCGGCCGGCCUGUCGCAGGGCUUUACCGUGACGGACACGUACGGCCAGCAGCCCCCAUUUGCCCCCGUCCAGCAGCUCCAGGACUCCAGCACGCUGGAAUCGCAGGCUCUCUCCACCAGCUUCCACCAGCAGAACCUACUGCAGGUCCCCAGCUCGGACGCGAUGAAUGUCACCACGCGAUUGAUCCAGGAGCCGUCCCAGGAGGAGCUGGAGCUGCGGACUCAGCGUCCCCGAUUCCUGGAGGACGGGGAGGACCAGAGCCGGCGCUCCUACAGGUGUGAGUACUGCAGCAAAGGCUUCAAGAAGUCGAGCCACCUGAAGCAGCACGUGCGGUCCCACACUGGGGAGAAGCCCUACAAGUGCAAGCUCUGUGGGCGCGGCUUCGUCUCCUCCGGGGUCCUCAAGUCGCACGAGAAGACACACACAGGGGUCAAGGCGUUCAGCUGCGGCGCGUGCAACGCGUCAUUCACCACCAACGGCAGCCUCACCCGGCACAUGGCCACGCACAUGAGCAUGAAGCCCUACAAAUGCCCGUUCUGCGAGCAGGCCUUCCGCACCGCGGCGCACUGGAAGAAGCACAUGAAGAGGCACCAGGCCGUGCCGUCCGCGGUGGCGGCCGCAGGGGAGGCGGACGGAGCAGAUGUGUGUCUGGAGGAGGAAGAGGAGAACUCUGACAGAAGUGCCUCUCGCAAGCCUCGUCCCGAGGUCAUCACGUUCACGGAGGAGGAGACGGCGCAGUUGGCGAAGAUCCGGCCGCAGGAAAGCGCCACCGUCUCGGAGCAGGUCCUGGUGCAGUCGGCGGCCGAGAAGGACCGCAUCAGUGAGAUGAAGGACCGGCAGGCCGAGCUGGAGGCCGAGCCCAAGUUCGCCAACUGCUGCUCCUACUGCCCCAAGAGCUUCAAGAAGCCCAGCGACCUGGUGAGGCACGUCCGGAUCCACACCGGAGAGAAGCCGUACAAGUGUGACGAAUGCGGAAAGAGCUUCACUGUGAAGUCGACUCUGGACUGCCAUGUGAAGACCCACACAGGUCAGAAGCUCUUCAGCUGCCACGUGUGCAGCAACGCCUUCUCGACGAAGGGGAGCCUGAAGGUGCACAUGCGUCUGCACACGGGGGCCAAGCCGUUCAAGUGUCCGCACUGCGAGCUGCGCUUCCGCACGUCGGGCCGCAGGAAGACGCACAUGCAGUUCCAUUACAAGCCCGACCCGAAGAAAGCCCGCAAGCCGGCGGCCCGGAGCUCGUCCGAAGGCCCGCAGCCCGUCAACCUGCUCAGCCCCGCGCCCGCCGACCCGAACGUGUUCAUCAUGAACAACUCGGCUCUCGCGGGGCCCUUCGAGCAGAGCGUCCUGCAGCAGGGGCUGCUGGGCCAGGCCGUUCUCCCCGCCUCCGUGUCCGCCGGCGGCGACUGGACGGUGUCCCUGACGGAUGGGAGCCUGACCACCCUGGAGGGCGUGCAGUUACAGCUGGCCGCCAACCUGGUCGGCCCCAAUGUGCAGAUCUCGGGCAUCGAUGCUUCCAGCAUUAAUAACAUCACACUCCAGAUCGACCCGAGUAUUUUGCAGCAAACGCUACAGCAGGGCAGCUUGCUCACCCAGCAGCUGCCUGGGGAGCCCGGCCUGGCCUCCCAGAACGGCUCUCUUCAGACCCAGGAUAGCACGGUCCCCGCUAGCGUCGUCAUCCAGCCCAUCCCCGGCCUGACCUUGCAGCCCACCGUGACAUCGGCCAGUCUGACCAUCGGCCCGCUGUCGGAGCAGGACCCCGUGAUGACCACCAGCAGCGGUGGGACUCAAGACCUCGCUCAGGUGAUGACAUCGCAAGGCCUGGCGUCCGGCUCCAGCGGCCCGCACGAGAUCACCCUGACCAUUAACAACUCCAGUCUGAGCCAGGUCUUGGCGCAGGCUGCUGGGCCCACUGCUGCGUCGUCCUCGGGGUCUCCCCAGGAGAUCACCCUGACCAUCUCUGAGCUGAACACCACCCCUGGGAGCCUUCCUUCGACGACACCCAUGUCUCCAUCGGCCAUGUCUGCUCAGAACCUGGUCAUGGCGUCGUCAGGAGUGGGAGGAGACGCCAGCGUCACGCUGACCCUGGCCGACACGCAGGGCCUGCUCUCCGGAGGGCUGGACACGGUCACGCUCAACAUCGCGUCUCAGGGCCAGCAGUUCCCAGCCUUACUCACGGACUCCUCGCUGUCGGGCCAAGGGGGAGCAGGGUCGCCGCAGGUCAUCCUCGUGAGCCACACCCCACAGCCCUCCGCCGCUGCGUGUGAGGAGAUCGCCUACCAGGUAGCUGACGUGUCGGCCGGCCUGGCGCAGGGCGGGCAGCCGGAGAAGGAGGGCCGGGCGCACCCGUGCCUGGAGUGUGGACGCAGCUUCGCCUCGGCUGCCGCGCUGCUGCACCACAGCCGGGAGACGCACGGCCGGGAGCGCAUCCACGUGUGUCCCGUGUGCAGGAAGGCCUUCAAGCGCGCCACACACCUCAAGGAGCACACGCAGACGCAUCAGGCCGGCCCUUCGCUGAGCUCCCAGAAGCCGCGAGUGUUCAAGUGUGACACCUGUGAGAAGGCGUUCGCCAAGCCAAGCCAGCUGGAGCGGCACAGCCGCAUCCACACAGGAGAGCGGCCGUUCCGCUGCAGCCUGUGCGAGAAGGCCUUCAACCAGAAGAGCGCGCUGCAGGUACACAUGAAGAAGCACACGGGCGAGAGGCCCUACCGGUGCCACUACUGUGCCAUGGGCUUCACGCAGAAGAGCAACAUGAAGCUGCACAUGAAGCGGGCGCACGGCUACGCGGGAAACCUGCAGGAGCCCGCCAUCCAGCAGGAGCACGGUGCCGAGGAGCUGGGCCGGACCCUCCACCUGGAGGAGGUGGUCCAGGAGUCCGCGAGCGAGUGGCAGGCCCUGGCCAACGUGUUCUGACCUGGCCCGCCCCUGCCGCCACGGCCGUUUCUGAAGUUGAAUGUUGCGAAGCACUUGGAAUUUCUUCUUGGAAGCUUCGGGUGUUAAGAAAUGUUGCCAUGCUAGUUUUUUAGCUAUAAAAUUAUCUCAAGAAUCAUUGUCUUCAGAGACUGAUAGGAAUAACUGAGAGCAGUGUCAGCACGUUGUUGUCGUUUGUGUCCAAAUCACUGAACUCAGGUACGACCCUAGGCAGUUCUACCUUCGCGCCGCGGCCAGUGCCUCCAGUUACAAAGAGCAAACUGGGUCUCACUGUCCCGUGCCGUGGCCUCUUUGUGUUAGCGAAGACAAAUGUUAACAUGGAACACGUAAGGUCGAUUUUCCUUCGUGCUUUCUGUUGUAAGAAGCGUAGCUUAUAAAACAAACGUAAAAUCGGGGCAUGAGGUUCAGAGAAAUGUUAGAACACGCAGGGAAGUGUUUUCCAUUUUCUUUCUCUGUGUAUUUUGAAAGUAGAAAUGGACUCUUUUUAGUCUACCGUGAGUUUCUAGAAUACGGAGAGAUGGCUGGCCCGUUCUCUCCGCGUUACGGUUCUCGGACUAUCAGCUACAAGGAUGCAGCGUCGGGGCCCAGACGGUGGAGGGGCCACGAACGGGGAUGAACGUGUCCUCGCGGGAUGGGGCGGGGCCGCACGUGCUGCCGAGUCCACCGUCAGGGCCGCGGGUUCGGUGACUGCAGAAAGCACAAGCCAUAGGUCGCACGCAGGCGAGGGCAGACCCGUGUCCUCGGAGUGGAGGGAGCGUGGUUCCGUGCCCCGCGGCGCGGAGCGGCGUGUCGGUGGGUCCGCGCCGCCGUGCUCCCCUCCUCACGCGGGGGCAGGUGUGUCGUCUAAUUCAGGGAACUCUCACUGUCAUCAAUGGUGCCACAUCGAACACGCCCCAGACCAAGUCCCGGCCCGAGCCGGGGCAGAGUGCGCGUUGCUCCUCCAGCAUUCCAAAGACGGAAGGUUCUUUACUUCACGUGAGUUUCUCCUUCAGCAUUAUUUAUAUGUUCUAUAUAUAAAUACACAUGUACAUAGACAGAUAUAUGGGCCUCUGUGUGGCUGAACAGUAUAUUUUGUAAAUAGCGGCGCUCGUCCCGGCGGCAGAGAGCGCGCGUCAGAGUUCCGACUCCGCGGGCACGUCCGGCCAGGGCCGUGCUCCUCAAGUCAUAAAUGGUACCUUGUUCACGGUAACAUGAAGGUGGGCUUGUUUUGCUUUUGUUUUUCUCUUGAAAAAUAAUUGCCUUUAUUUUGUGUCACGGCCUCCCUGGUUUCAGAAGAGAGCAGUUUUAUUAUAAAUAUUGUAUGGACUCUGUAUAUUAAGAGAGGAGCUCAUUUCAGAUUCCUGAAGAAAGAGACAUUUUCACUGUUAUUUUUCAAAGGGCAUCUUUUGAUUUUUUUUGUUGUUGUUCACUUUUUGGCAUAUGUACAUAAGUCAUAUUGAUGAUGAUAUAAAAACUUUUGUUAUGUGAAAAUAUUUAAGUCAGAAAACUGUUAAAUAAUAUUACUUUUUUUUUUCAAACUGCUUUGUGUAUUGUAUAUUUUUUUAAGGAAAAAAAAAAGCCUUAUUUGACUUAUUCUUGUGAUACUGGACUUACUAUAUAUCCUGAGGUUUUCCUUGAAUGUCAGUGUGUAGCUGGCUGUAGUCCGUAUAUUCCGAAUAAUUGUAAUUGUGCCAGAGUUUUAAAGAUUCUGCUUUUAAUGCACUUUUCUUUUAUAAUUUUGUAUUAAAAUAUUUUAGAAAUGUUGAUUAAUUUUGGUGAACAGAUAUCUCCAAAGUUGAAAUUAUUGCAAUUUAAAAAAUUUUGUUCUUGCUAGGUUAUUUAUUUUGGUUGUAGCAUUAAAUGUCAUCUCUCAGGACAAGUCUCUAAAAGGGGUUUAUUUAAUUCCUAAUUGUACAGAAAGCAUAGUUCAGCGAACUGUACUGGCCAGCUGCCUGUUUAAGUAAGGCCUUACCAGGUGAAUCUAAACCUACUUUUAUUUUCGUCAAAGAAAAAAAAAGAUCUAUCAAUGAUAUCAUUCUGUGAGUUUUCUCAAUUAUUAACUAUUAGCAGGCAAACACAAGACAUUAAUAUAUUAUUUUUAUUUACUUCCUAAUUAAAAAAGCUGCUUCUUUGCAAAACAUUCCUUGAAAUACAAGGUUUUGUAAAGACAUAAUUUCACUUGAACCUUUGGUGGAGUACAGGUUGAUCUUUGUAUUUUACUGGUUGAUAAAUGUCUUCUGACGAGAUUUCUAGCCUCCUGCAUAACCAGGGUUUUGAGAAUAGAUAACUGUAUUUUUAGAAAUAUCUCAUCAUAGCAUAUCUGCUUUGGAAUAACAAUAAAUAAAAAAUGAAGUUA